AGAAAAGGAGGAGGAAGAGGAGGAGGAGGAGGAGGAGUUAUCUUUAUCAAUACUAUUAUGGAACACUGAAUAAAGAAAUUAAUAAACAGAUAAGUAGUGUGUGUGUGUGUGUGUGUGUGUGUGUGUGUGUGUGUGUGUGUGUGUGUGUGUGUGUGUCCAGGCAGCACACAGGUGCACAACACUCGGCCAUUACAGGAGUCACCUUGAGAGGUUCAUGGGUCACUUAAGUGGUGCCGGCACACAGCUGCUGCAGGAGUGGCGGGACCUGGGGGUGCUCAGCCUGGCCGUGUGUGACCAAGACGCCCAAGAGGUUCUGGCCGCCAUCAGCGCCGUCCACGUGUCAUUGCCUCGGCUACACAUCCUCUGCCUACACGUCCCCGUGGGUGCCGUGAGGACACAGGCGUGCACCACACGGCUGCCUGGCUGCCCAGGGGUGUUCCUCGUGUUGUCUGGCGUGGACGAGAGGCUGCUGGAGGAGGCGGCCCAGAUAGCACAGCUCCUGCAGCCCACACAGCGCCCGUGA